GCCGGCGGGGGAGCGGGGGUGGCGGGCUCGGCUGAGCGGCUGCCGCCCGUCCGCUCGGUGGAGGUCGGGUCCAAGGACGCGGGUUUGCAAUCGAGGGCGGCGUCGCCGGAGUCCACGCACCGGGCAUGGACGCGCCGGGGGACCCUGAGGGCCCGCGCCCACCGGGAGGUGAUGGCCCAGCAGGAAGUGCAAGAGAGAGGCUCAGGCGACUCUCAAGAGAACAGUUCUAUGUACUGAUAUCAGCAGCUUCUGUGAACUUAGGUUCCAUGAUGUGCUAUUCUAUCCUUGGACCCUUUUUCCCCAAGGAGGCUGAAAAGAAGGGAGCCAGCAAUACCAUUAUCGGUAUGAUUUUUGGAUGUUAUGCUUUGUUUGAGUUGCUGGCAUCUUUGGUAUUUGGAAACUAUGUUGUACAUAUUGGAGCAAAAUUUAUGUUUGUAGCAGGAAUGUUUGUCUCAGGAGGAGUUACCAUUCUCUUUGGUAUUUUGGAUCAAGUUCCAGAAGGACCAAUAUUUAUUGCUAUGUGUUUUCUAGUGAGAGUAAUGGAUGCGAUAAGCUUUGCUGCAGCAGUAACUGCGUCAUCUUCUAUCCUUGCAAAGGCUUUUCCAAAUAAUGUGGCUACAGUAUUGGGAAGUCUUGAGAUUUUUUCUGGAUUAGGACUAAUACUGGGUCCUCCUGUAGGUGGCUUUUUGUAUCAAUCCUUUGGCUAUGAGUUGCCUUUUAUUUUUCUGGGAUGCGUAGUUCUGCUGAUGGUACCACUCAACAUGUGUAUUUUGCCCAAUUAUGAGUCUGAUCCAGGUCAACACUCAUUUUGGAAACUGAUCACUUUACCCAAGGUUGGCCUUUUAGUUUUCGUCAUCAACUCACUUAGCUCGUGUUUUGGCUUCCUUGAUCCUACUCUGUCUCUCUUUGUUUUGGAAAAGUUUAAUUUACCAGCUGGAUAUGUGGGACUGGUAUUCCUGGGUUUGGCACUGUCCUAUGCCAUUUCUUCUCCACUGUUUGGCCUGCUAAGUGAUAAAAUGCCACAUGUAAGGAAGUGGCUCCUGGUUUUUGGAAACUUAAUCACAGCAGGGUGCUAUGUGCUCUUAGGACCUGUCCCAAUUUUGCACAUUCAAAGUCAACUCUGGCUGCUGGUGCUGAUAUUAGUUGUACAUGGCAUCUCUGCUGGAAUGAGUAUAAUUCCAACUUUCCCGGAAAUUCUCAGUUGUGCAUAUGAAAAUGGAUUUGAAGAGGGAUUAAGUACGUUGGGACUCGUAUCAGGUCUCUUUAGUGCAAUGUGGUCAGUUGGUGCUUUUAUAGGACCAACACUGGGUGGAUUUCUAUAUGAGAAAAUUGGUUUUGAAUGGGCAGCGGCUAUACAAGGUCUGUGGGCUCUGAUAAGUGGAUUAGCCAUGGGCUUGUUUUAUGUACUGGAGCACUCAAGGAGAAGAAGAAGAUGUAAACCUCAAGACAUCCUCAGCACAGAGGAGGAAAAAACUGCUCUCUUGCCUCAUGAACUGUAGCUUUACAAAUCCUGGAUUGAUACGAGGUUGGGAGGUGAAUGCUCCUGGCCUUGAACAUCACUGUUGGAAGAGUUUUCUUAAUUUUGUACUCCAUGGGUGUACCACAUCAGCAUCUCGGGAGUAUGAACAUGUUUUUGGACAAUCCUGUGUUGGGCUGCACUUACUGUUGUCCUGAAAAGCUGGCCUGCUGAGCCAGCUAUAUUUGAAACAUUAAGGGUGAGAAUUGUAGUUGAAACCCAGUACAAAUUUGUGUUUUUAAGUGACCAAACUUGUCCUAGAAGAUGUUGUUAUUGACUCUCUUUAGGUCUCUUGUUUCCUCUGUUUACUUUUUAUUCCAAGUAUACUAAUUCUGUGAAUGUACCUUUUUUUGUUGUUGUUAACAGGGAAAGAGAUGAAUUGAUUUGAUAUGCUCUAAAUAUAUGAAAAUAACUCAAAAUAUGUAGAAUAAUUACUACGAAAUCAGUUUUUAAAAGAUAUACUUUGUGUCAUGAGAUUUUUGUUCUUGUCCAAAAGGCAAAAUUCCUGCCUUUUAUGCAAAAACUCUAUAGCAUCCUUGGUCUGAAGCUUUUCUAAAAAUUUUGUUUGUGUGCAAAGUACGGGAAUAACAACAUUUAUAAUUUCUAUUUUUGUAACCUACUUUCAGUUAUAAUCUAAAUUUAUAAACAUUACUACUUGGUAUGACACUAUUCAUUUCCCUUGUCUCUGUUUUUCAGUUCUACCACCUGUUUUGUUUUGUUUUUCCCCCUAUAUUCUUGUUGUUUGUAUUCUAUCAGCAUGUCACCCCCCCAUUUCCCCAUGAAAGGCUUCCUCCAACUUCAUGUGAAAUCCAUGCUGUUGUUUGAUAUGAGCAAAUGUCUAUUGUGCAACUCUCAUACCUCCUGAUCUAUUUUCAUGGUGUAAUAGCCACAUUUACAGUAAUUUUUUUAAAGAAGAAAUGAUUUCAUCUAUUCAUUCAUUCAGAAAUAUCUAUUGAAUGCCUGGACUGACACAGCUAGGGAUCUAGCUGUGAUCAAGAUAAACACAAUCUCUGCUUUUCUGUAACUUAUACCAGUGGAAGGGACAAACAAUAAAUAUUAAUAAACACCA